AUCUCAACAAAAGAUGUAUUGUGUUUCAUAUUUUCAUUUAGGGAAUAGCUAAGAUGUAAUGAUGAGAAGGAGGACGUCUUUUAAACAGCUAUUCUCGUCGACGCCUACCAGGGCACGACUGGUCAUCGCAACACUUUUUGGUACAGUAAUGACUAAUUUCAUGGGAAGGAAAGUAAUAAAUCAAAUUCAAAGCGCGAAUUUAGCAACAAAUGUGGAGACCAUGCUCAGAGAUUCUGCAGAUUGGUCAUGCUUCUAUUAUGCUAAGCAGUAUCGUGAGGAAUGCACAGAAUAUAAUAGGCUCACUGGUGGAGAGUACAUCGAGACUAUUUGCGCCAAUUUGGAGAAAAAAAUGGCCGCUUGUCAAGACGACUUGGCCAAGGAGGUGGCCAAAUGCCGACCAUACGCUAUGGAAGCACCCAUGGAGGUUGAUAAUAAACCAUCUUGGCUCGAGCUACCCAGUGCCACUGGAAGGGCUUGAAUACCAAAGCAAAUGGAAUGUAAUUAUC